AUGGCUGUGACGCAACUCAAAAAGGCAAACUCCUUAUUUAGCACCGUGUCAAAGCUCAGGAUCACACCAGACUCCGAAACCAGCAUUGCUAACACUCUUGACGACUGGGUGAAUCAAGGCAAACCUGUAAAGAGGUUUGAUAUUAUAAACCUCAUCAACUAUUUCCGCAAUCGCACGAAUUAUAGGUCUGCCUUACAGUUAUCUAAUUGGAUGGAAAACAGUAAAAUCGAAAUGAACAAUGCGGAUCGUGCCAUACGCAUUGACCUCCUUGGCAAGAUUGAGGGCUUAGAUUCUGCAGAAAAAUACUUCAACAGCCUUCAAGUUUCAGCAAAAAGCAAUAAAACCUAUGGAGCACUUCUUAACUGUUAUUGCAAGGAGAAAAUCUUAGAUAGAGCUCUGGAGAUCUUUGAGAAGAUGAAGGUGUUGAGUUAUACUUCUACUUUGAAUUACAACAAUAUGCUGUCACUUCACUGGAAUAUGGACCGGCCGGACAAAGUUCUGUUGUUAGUGCAAGAAAUGGAGGAGAAAAAUAUUGCUGCAGACAUUUAUACCUACAAUCUGUUGAUUAACAGUUAUGCUUCUCUAAAAGACAUAGAUGCAAUUGAAGGAGUUCUGGAGAAGAUGAAAAGAAAUAAAGUGAAAUAUGAUUGGUUUACUUGUGGAAAUCUAGCAACCAUUUAUGUACAUUCUGGGUUAUAUGAAAAGGCCAAUGCCGUUCUUGAAGAGAUGGAGAAACUGAAAAAUCAAUCUGACAGUGAAGGACUCCAAAACCACCUCACCCAUAUCAAGUUGUAUUCGCAGAUGAAUAAUUUGCCGGGGGUUAACAGGGCAUGGGAGUCUUUAAAGUCGACUUUCCCAACACCCAAUAAUCUUAGCUAUCUUUUCAUGCUUCAAGCUCUUUCCAAAUUGGGGGAUUUGGAAGCGCUCAAAAAGUGUUAUAAGGAGUGGGAAUCAUCUUGUUCAAAUUAUGAUUUCAGGUUACCAAAUGUGAUGCUAGAAUUUUACCUUAGUCAGAAUAUGAUUGAAGAAGCCACUGCAAUCCAUGAAAGUUUGGCGAAUAGAGGGAAACCAAAUUUAAGGACACUAAACUCGCUGACAAGUCUGUGCAUGAAAAAAAGUGAGAUAGAUUUAGCUCUGAAGUAUUUAGAGAUGGGUGUAGCUGAAACGGUUUCAGAGAAACAUCAUUGGUUCCCCACGGAUGACACAAUUAAAUUGUUUCUGAAUUAUUUUGAAGAGGAAACUGAUGCAGAUAGAGCUAAGAAGUUCAUUGAGAGCUUGAAGAAGACCAGUCGUCUUGACUCCACUGUAUACGAUUCUUUGCUUUCCUCAAGUACAUCAGCUUCCAAUUCAGUAAACUAG